AGCCUGAUGCACUAUCCUUCGGCAGAGGUUGCGGCUUACUAUCAGUACUGCUACCAACAGCAUCAGCAACAGCUCGCCGAACAUCCGGCUGGACGACAGAAUCAUCCGGAGUUACUGGCAACGCACCCGGCGGCAACGGCAAUCAGCGGCUUUGGACCGAACGGUUGCUCAACGAUCGAUCCGCUCGCCUUCACCUACGAUCAGAUGGAGCAGGAGUAUCUGCGGGUGCUCAGUGAGGAUGCGAAGGCAAAGUUGCUGGCCAGCCGGAAGCAGCGACCAAAGAAAUUCAAGUGUCCCCACUGUGAUGUCGCGUUCUCCAACAAUGGCCAACUGAAAGGACACAUUCGCAUCCAUACCGGCGAGCGUCCGUUCAAGUGUGAUGAGUCGAGCUGCGGAAAAACGUUUACGCGCAACGAGGAACUGACACGGCACAAGCGCAUCCACAGUGGCAUUCGGCCGUACGCUUGCCAGACGUGUGGUAAAAAGUUUGGCCGCCGGGAUCACCUGAAGAAACACUCGAAGACGCACAUGCCGCAGGAGCGGUACACGUACGGUUUAAUGCCGGCGUCAGCGGCGGCAGCAGCCGCGGCCGCUGCCAUGCUGAUGCCCAUGUACGCGACCCAUGUCUUUGGCUACUAGCCGGCCGGCGCUGCUUGACGAGUACCCUGUGAUGCUACCAGUGAUCCCGAGCCCGUUGAUAGUAUACCGUGAUAAGAAGGGGGCGUGAAACGUGAGCUGCGGUGUUUAGUUUUACAGAGAAGUGAGAGAGAGAGGG